GCUCUCCUCAUUGUAAUACUGCGUUGUUACGUCCGGAUCACCAUGCUAAGGGUGUUUGGAAAGGAUGACUACGUUAUGGUGGUGUCUACAAUGUUCGCAGCUGCUACAUUUGUCUGCUUCAUCAUCGAGACUCACAACGGCCUGGGCAAUCAUCUUAUGGUGCUUCUAAUGGACGCGAAUAUGUACAAGAGUUUCGCCAAAACGUUGUAUGUCCAUUCGCUCAUGGUCAUGGUCGGCAUCUCGUGCGUCAAGAUCUCAAUAGCUUUUUCGCUUUUGCGACUCUCCGCAACAAAAAGACAGACACGUUUUCUACAGUGCGCCAUCAUCUUUAUCAUCUCAAUUACACUCGUGUGUGCGGGUACACUCAUUUUUCAAUGUUUUCCCGUAGAAGCUGCUUGGGAUUCAAGUCUUCGCCCGGCACCAUUAGGAACUGGGAGUGCCCAUUGCUUCAAUAACACCACCUUUCGAAAUCUCGGGCUUAUGAACAGUCUUUUCAACAUCAUCACCGACGUUCUUUUCGCCACCUUGCCAAUUCCUCUGAUAUGGAAACUGCAAAUUAACAUGCGCACGAAGAUAUCGCUAGUCGUCGUUCUCUCCCUCGGAUGGUUCGCCUGUGCAGCAGCCAUUGUAAAAGCGGCGCAGCAGUAUACAGUACUCGACGAUCCCGAUUGGACGGUGCACGAUUCGUUCAAUGUCUGGAAUUACAUUGAGCUCACAGUUGGAAUCAUCGCUGCGUCCUUGCCUGCAUUGAAACCACUCUUCCACUGGGCACUCAAUACUGUGAGUGCACUC